GUAGCCUCUUAUUGAAACAUGCAGCCUCAGAUUGGCUUCGGUUAUGGAACUUUUUCGAAUUGUGAUUAUGUAAGGAUUCAAAUUAUCAAAUUACAAGAGAAGAUUUCUCAAAAAUCAUUUACAAUAACAGCAUGGAACAGGGCAGUGUAAGCUUAGGUCUUGCAAGGAUAGUCUCUGAUGAAAGUGAUGCAACAAGACAGCUUGUUAACCCAAGAGCAGCAAAGAAAUCUUCUCCUUAUGACCUUGUAGAAUUAGCAAGGGAAGUAAAAAAUGCAGACACAUUUGUUAAAGCGACAGCUGGGAGUAAACUUCAAAUCAUUGCUGAACAGAUAAAGUUCCUUCAACAGCAGGCCCGGUCAGUUCUUGAGGAGGCCCACGAAGCCAAUUUCCUGCACCAUGCCAAAUGUAAUUUCAAGAAGAUUCCUGGAAAGAUUUAUUAUCUCUACAAAAGGGCAUCGGGAGAAUUUUACUUUUCAAUCGUUUCUCCCAAGGAAUGGGGCAGCUCCUGCCCGCAUACUUUCGUCGACGCGUACAGGCUAGAGCAUGACAUGUCUUGGACAAAGGAGGAAAACAUCAAAGUUCGAGAUGAUGAAUUACAAGUAAUCGACCGGAUUUUCCAUAGCAACAGCUUGCCGAGGCUAGAUUAUCUAGUGGACGCUGCGCACGAGAAACAAGAUGACUUUCAUCACCAUCACAAUACGGAUAAACCUUUAAUCGAAGAGCAUUUUGAGUGAAUUUGUUUGAGGCGAAUAUACUUUAAAUAGCAUUUUGGUGACCAAAGUAUAUUCAAAAUGGUCUAAAAGCGAUAACGAUUUUCUUUCGAAAUCAGAACUUAAUUGCUUUCA